AUGUCAUCAUCCACCACAAAGCGAACCGCGAAGCGCAGGGCACCCAAAGCAUGUGAGAGAUGCAGAAUAAGAAAAGUCCGAUGCGAUAUUGUGCAUCGGGAUGAUCAAUGUACAAACUGUGCGCUAGAUGAAGUCGAAUGCAUCGACACUCUUUCGAGGCGACAAGCAAAAGAAAAUCGCACGACUAAAGAUAAACCCAAAAUGAGAAAAGUCCAACCAGCAAGGAGUAGCCUUCAAGAGCUCGAAGACAAUACUAUCAUCUGGGACAGUCUAGCAGCUGGACCAGAACUUGUCAGUCCACCAUCGACGGCUGUCAACUUUUCGCCUGAUGCCAACUGCCCAGCAGUGUUAGGCGCUGUACAGAAUCCACCACACAUUGAAGAUCAUUUCCCGGAUUUCACAUUAGGGCUUCUGAAGGAUGGGGAUCUGGAAAAUCACACUGGGAUACCUUCACCUGCUACUAGUUUGGAAAAACCCAUCGCUCCAGGUAACGUGGGAGCUUCUCAAAUCGGCGACCUCGUACUACCAAGCUUUAUUGCUCCGAUAAACUCGGAGAGAUGCAUCCAGCACUGGGAAUUUCUCCACGCUCAAGGCGCAUUCAACAUUCUAGAUGAAAAGCUCCGCAACGUUAUACUCACAAGUUAUGUCCAUUAUGUCCAUCCGCAGCUACCCGUGGUUGACAUACAUGAGAUUUUACAGGCGCUUGCCACAAACGGCAGGGACUAUAAAAUCAGUCUCCUCCUGCUUCAAGCAAUGCUUCUUUCAGGCUGUUCCUUUGUUGAGAUGGAAUACAUCAGAGCGGCUGGUUUUGAAUCCCGUAUGGCUCUGAAAAAGGAACUUGCCGACCGAGUAAGGUUGCUAUACGACUUCGAUUCUGAGGUUGAUCGUUUGACUCUCGUCCAAGCCUUGAUCCUCAUGACCUGCUGGCAAGAGAAAGGUGAUGAGGUAAAGCACCUCCGACAUUGGAUUGGAAUUGCCUACAACAUCUCGGUCUUCAUUGGACUGAACAAAGAUCCCGCUGUAUCUUCGUUGUCGCCUCGCCGAAAACAUCUUUGGAAACGUGUUUGGUGGUCCUGCUACAUCCGGGAUCGAAUGCUUGCCUUAGGCUUGAGGCAUCCACCAAUCAUCCCCGAAGAGGAUUGUGAGUCACCUGAUCUUGUCCUGGACGAUUUCGAUAUUCGGCCUGCUACAAGCGAUGUCUUAUCGGCGUUCAAUCACUGCGGGCUGCUCCACGACCUUGAUCAGCAGCAUCGACUGGCCGAGGUCUGCAUUGCGCAACAACAACUUUGCCAUAACAUUUCUAAGAUACUGCGCACUCGUUUUCAGACUAUUGUGCCUAAGCUUGGAUGCACAAGUACAAGGACAUUGGUGUCAGCCCCGAAGAUUUCUCGAACCAACUCAUCACCAGUGCAAACAUGCGCUUUCGAGCUCACUGCUUGGUUUCGAGACCUGCCAGACCAACUGAAAUACCGAUCGCCGUCGUCUCUACAGUUCGCACCGGAACAACACUUACUGAUGUUCCACUGUGCUCUGCUUAAUCUGUUCUAUUACGCUCUAGUCUGCAUACUCCACCGGCCUUGGCCACCGCCAAUAGCAAGGGCGCUCCCCGCGUCGGAACUUUGUUCGCAACGAACGUCGCGACACGCCGCCAACGCUAUCAUAUCUAUUCUAAGAGAUCUCCAGUUCCAAGAGAUGAUCCAUCUUCUGCCCACAUCCGGAAUAACAUGUCUGCUACAAGCAGCAGUCACCCAUCUAUGUGAUGCAGCGACAAGUCUAAAUUCGCUGCGGGACCGAAGCAGAUAUCAACUGGAAACCUGUUUGGAAUACCUUGAUAGUCUCAUGGAAGUCCACAUCUAUUCACAUUGUGCAAAAUCAUUCCUCGUCUCCGCAGCGGCAAAACUGUAUCAAGAUCCCAAAUUCAAUAGAGCCAUAGAAGUCUCUACCGAGACCCAACCAUGCCAACGAUGGGAAAGCUUCCACUGUUCACCGUCGAAGCUGCCCUCUCCGUACGACUUGUUUCUGCUGCAAGACAGUUCGCAUAGUAUAGCUUGUGAACCGGCCACGGAUAUCGGAAUCAAAGAGGAAAUGAAUGCUGAGGCCGCGACUCAGGACGAUUUACUUGAUGUGUUUGAUUACAGCCUGCUGGAUCUUAGCCCUGAUCUAUUCUUCAAUCUGGGGCCUGGAGAUUUUGACCAUGUUCUAAGUAACUGA